AUGGCGUCGUUCAAGGACUCGUCUACGUCCCGACCUCUCCCCCAAGCCAUCCCGAAUCCUCGCCAGUCCAGCAAUGGCCGCACGCACUCGCACUCCGUCUCGCUCGGGGCCCUGAACUACAGUCACCGCGUUACUCGCCGCAAAAGCAUGACCUCCUCCGCCGCCAAUAGCGCCACUGCAGCUGCAACCGCCGCCAUCAUCAGCGAGUCUGGCGCCAGCACCGGUGCUCCCAUACACACCUCCCACCACCGUAGGGGCCUCAGUCUGCGGCGUGCUGCCGGCCUGGAGUCGACCUCUGUCGGCUCGAGCUCUGGCUUCGGCUCGUACGCUGCCCGGAACAGCAUAGCUGGCGGCCUGGAUCGCAAGCAGACGCCCGGUGCGUUGAAUACGAGUGCAAUCGCGGAGGAGCUGUCGACGGAUACUACGGCCGGGAAGCCAAUUAGUAUCAAACACCGGAGUCGACGCGCAAGCGAGGGUUCGCAUCUGAUGAAGGGAGAGGGCAAGAGGUCCCUCGUCGAAUUGAAGUGUGAUCGCUGUGGGAAGGGGUGGGAACACGAUCCGGCAUGGGCAGUGACAUCGAAGCUCCUCAUCUCCAAACACCAGCAGGUCCAGCUCCUCGAGGCCGCCAGCGUCCUCGUCACGCUCAACGAACCGUCUACCGAGGACUCGGCCAUCCGCACAGCAGGCAGUGGGAGCGGGGACUCCGACCGCUCUUCUGCUUCUCCCACCGUCUCCGGCAUAUCUGAGCUCCGCGACGGCCUCAGCUCGACCGAGACCACUCCGCCGCCCAUGAGCGAUGACGGCGCAUUCUCCAAGUCCAACGACCCAUACCGCUACCCGCAUAGCCACCACCACAACAACCAUAGUAAUAAUCAUUCCUUCUCGCGCUCCCUCCAAUCUAUACCCUCCAGCUCCUUUGCAAGCGCAAGCAGCGUUCCGUCUUACUCGCCUGCACACUCUCACUUCCGUCAAUCAAGCACAGACACCCGACCGUCUACCGCAGAUACCAAUGGUGUCCUGGACGACGACGCAGCCGGUCUUGCAGCCGCUAUCGAACUGUGCAAUUUCGGCACUCCCCGGUCAGGGCCCAUGGCUAUGGUGGAGGAUGUCCCACCGGUACCACCUCUACCUGCUCGGUACUUGGGACAGAGCGUCGGAAGCACCAUGGCACUAGCCAACAACCAUACAAAUGGGUUCUUCAGCGGGAACAACAACAUCACUGGCAGCGCCAGCAACUUCAACCUACCGAGCGGUAGUGGAAGCAGUAUUUCCGGCACAACUAUAACAACUGGCAAUCUUGCAGCGCCAACGCCUACGGCCUUCAACACUCUAUCUAUGAGUGCGCAUGCGCCUAUGUCGUACCGCGUCUCAGACGAGCGAGACGUGAAGAUGGCCGACAUCAAACCCGACGUAGCUGAGCAUGACAACACAAGGAAUAACAGCAGCAGCCCCGCCCACGCUCAAAACUCAGGCUCGACAGAUGACGACUUCGACCGCGCCUCGCCGUCUUCUGUCGUUCACAUGGACGACGACGACGAUGGAGUCUUCGGCCGGAUGGAGGAGUGA